UCAGUUUGAGUAUCGACCUCCUUCACGCAGCAUCUCUGCUCUCCAUCCUCCGUCUCCACCCUCCUCCUCCUCCUCCUCCGCUGCCGCCGCCUCAGCCUCAGCGCCGCUUCCUCUGCAGGUGGAUGGAGGCUGGAAGCCCCGGAGACACGAGCCAUGCACGGGAACCGCUGCUGUCAGACUGCUGAGCACCUCCCUUCGCGCCGGGGACCACAUCCUUAAAUGACCCGCGGCUGAGGAGGGGGUGUCUCCGGAUCCAGCGCCCGGAUCAUGGCAUGCUGCCCACACCGGGCAUCCAGCACUGACCAUGGGGCUCCGGUCCAGGACCGUCGCUAGCGGCUCGGAGGAGCAGAAGAAGACCUCCGGCGCUCCUCCCGGGGACUUAUUGGACCAAGGCACCGGGGGAGCGGACAAGGAUGGCGCCCUGCUGCUGGUGGCUUCGGGUCGGGAUGACUUCAAGCGGGGCUCUCAGGGCAUCGGCAUCGGGCUGCUCGCCAAGACCCCCCUGAACUACACCCGGCCGGCCAAGAGGAAUAACAUCCGCAAGAGGAGGAUCCAGAACCUGCUCUACGACGCGCUGGAGAGGCCGAGAGGAUGGGCGCUGCUCUACCACGCGUUCGUGUUUCUGAUCGUUCUGGGCUGUUUGAUUCUGGCCAUACUGACAACAUUCAAGGAGCACGAGAAGGUGUCUGCACACUGGCUGGUCAUACUGGAAACCUUCGCCAUCUUCAUCUUCGGAGCAGAGUUUGCACUGAGGGUCUGGGCUGCAGGAUGCUGCUGUCGCUACAAAGGAUGGAGGGGGAGGCUGAAGUUCGCUCGCAAACCUCUCUGUAUUCUAGACAUCUUUGUGCUGAUUGCCUCGGUGCCGGUGGUGGCGGUGCGUAACCAGGGUAAUGUGUUGGCCACGUCCCUGCGCAGCCUGCGCUUCCUGCAGAUCCUGCGGAUGCUGCGCAUGGACCGGAGAGGAGGAACCUGGAAGCUGCUGGGGUCCGCCAUCUACGCUCACAGUAAGGAGCUGAUCACAGCCUGGUACAUCGGCUUCCUGUCUCUGAUCCUGGCGUCUUUCCUGGUCUACCUGGUGGAGAAGGACGACGUCUCCAUGGACGUGUCCAACCAUGAAAACCCCACUGCUCAGCCCAAACCGCAGGACUUCGACACCUACGCCGACGCACUGUGGUGGGGGCUGAUCACACUGACCACCAUUGGCUACGGGGACAAAACCCCAAAGACGUGGGCUGGGAGACUGUUAGCCGGCACUUUCGCUCUGAUCGGAGUGUCCUUCUUCGCUUUGCCUGCAGGGAUCCUGGGCUCAGGCUUGGCUCUGAAGGUCCAGGAGCAGCACAGACAGAAGCACUUUGAGAAGCGCAGACAUCCAGCCGCGGGGCUCAUCCAGUCUGCUUGGCGAUAUUAUUCCACCAAUCCAAUCAGGGAAGACCUUAUUGCCACGUGGAGAUUCUAUGAAACUGUCAUCUCUCUUCCCUGUUUCAGGAAGGAUCACUUGGAGGCCAUGGCGAGCCAAAAACUGAGUUUACUCGAGCGUGUUCGCCUUCCCAAUGCACGGCCAUCAGUUGGGACAGGCAAGAGGCUCACAGGUAACACCGACUCCAUCGAGGAAAGUCCCUCCAAGGAGCCAAAACCUGCCGGCUUCAGUAACCGGGAACGCUUCCGCACCGCCUUCCGCAUGAAGGCCUACACACUCCGCCAGAGCUCUGAAGAUGCCGGAGCCCUGGCAGAACCAGCCUUAGAGGAGCGGGGCUUCCCUGCAGACAUCCUCAUGGAGGAGAUGAUCCCCACACUUAAACUGGUCAUCAGGGCAGUCAGGAUCAUGCAAUUCCUCUUGAACAAGAAGCGGUUUAAGGAAACUCUGAGGCCUUACGAUGUCAAAGAUGUGAUCGAGCAGUACUCUGCUGGACACCUGGACAUGCUCUGUAGAAUAAAAUACCUCCAGACAAGGAUCGACAUGAUUCUUGCCCCUGGACCCCCCCUCACCCCUAAACAAAAGAAAACUCAGAAAACACCCUUUACCUAUCCGCCCAAUCAGUCACCCAGGCAUGAGUCCUACAUAGCCAAAGCCGCCACCAUGCCAGAUGCCGAAGACCAAAGCAUGAUGGGUAGAUUUGUGAGGGUGGAGAGACAGGUGGAGGACAUGGAGAAGAAGCUAGACUUCCUGGUGGACAUGCACAUCCAGCACACUGAGCAUCUGCAGGUAGACUCUGCCGGCGCCGCCCACAUGACCCUGGAGGCCUGCGACCCUACGGGGAAUGGUGAGAUCCGGCGGGUUUUCUUCAACUACGCUGAGGCGUUCCCGCACAUGUCGUACCAGAUGCCUGUAAGCAAAGUGAAUCUGUAUUAUGGCAGAGGAAGAGGAGGUGGAGAGGGGUUGGCUGGUGGAAGUCACGUCCCUCCAGACCAUCAACCCCCAGCGUCACACCUCCACCAACGCCACCCUCCAGCUGCCAUUCCCACCUACACCGAGCGUCCCACAGUGUUGCCCAUCAGCUCCCUGCAGGACUUGUCAACAGGGCCGGGCAGGACCACAGGGGGGCGGGGGGGCGACUCGCCGCUUUCCCUACUAUCGGUGAACCACGAGGAGCUGGAGCGCUCGCCGAGCGGGUUCAGCAUCUCUGGGGAGCGGGAGGAAGGGGGGGAAUUUUCAAUGGGGGCCGGGAUGGCAGCCGGGGACGCCAGCUGGACGAGACCCAGACCGAGCUACCUGGCAGAGGGGGAGACAGACACGGACACAGACCCCUUUACACCCAGUGGGGGGCCCCUGCCACUCUCCUCCACGGGAGAGGGAUUUGGUGAUGCUGUGUGGAAUACGCCGCCUUGAGAGGUGUUCAUGUGACCACACAGAAAUCCACAACUCUGAGUUAAGACCUUAAAUCCAACCCACGCCUCUAAACCCAAAUCAGUUUGGGUCAAAGCCGCACCUCUGGACCAAACCAUUUGGAGGAAAGGUGGGUCUAAUCUGCCUAGAUGCUGCAAGGUCAUGAGCGAGGUCAUCGACCUUCAGAGGCCAACGCCAAUCUCACCAACCGUCCAGACAGAGAGCCAUGGCAUUGAGACUGCCCAGAAAAAAAGGGAAAACAGACAGUUUGUAAAGUAAAACUCUGUACAGCGCACUCUUCGCAAAAAUUUAGCUAAAAUAAAAAAGAACAUUAAUAUACAUACUAUAUACACCCAAAAGCUUUAUCGCUGCAAAGCCAACCGCACUGCAUGUAACGCAUGCGAUUUUUAGUGUAGACACUGCAAAGUUCAGGAUAUCAGGAAACGGAAAAAGCGAUUGAAUGGAUACAUAUACUUGCUAUGCCAUUUUGUAACACUUAUUUUUUUAUAUGAAUACAUUUUCAUCGUUUUUUGCAUGGUUUGCAUGAUAAUGCACCAUUGGAGGGUGACGGUUGGAGGGUGAUAAUGGAACCAAAAGUCUCCUGUCUCUUUGUUUUGUAUGUGUGAUGAGUAUGUGUGGAUGAGUGUGUGAAAAAGGUUGUGAAUGAGAGAGAGAAAGAGGGACUUGGGUAACAAAACACUGGUUAGUUGCUGGCAGUCGUGUUUCACCACUUUUUGCUUUUCUCACGUUGUGCUGUAAAUCCUCCGAGGAUCAGUUCUGUUCCAAACCAGAACUUCUGAUCCCAUCACUUUGUCUUCACACCACUGUGCUCUUGAGUUGUAUGUCACCACGUUAUGCAUACAAACUUUCCAGUUCAAAAGAAGUUAACAAUUUAACAGAAUUUGAAACACUAAAUCUCUGCUGCUUUGUUGGCACAUGAAUUCAGGGAUAUAAACCACCUGUGUGUCUGCGUCUGACUUCAGUUUAUCACUGCUUAAAGAGAAUAUUACCUAAAUGAUUUACAUUUGUUAAAGCAAAAGACAGUCGCUAAAACACUAAUAGGUACCUACAUAGAGGAAAAAGUUUUAAAUUAAACACUGAUUAUUUUACUUUAUCACACAGUGUUUUACGUGCCGAACUCCACCACCUGGCACCUGAGUACAAUAACACAACCAUUUAAAGAAUCUGAGUUUAAACAUAUAGUUGAAAAUUGGCCCAAAACAGCUGUAAUUCUAUUACUGCAGAUAAAAUGUUGUUGCAUGAUGCAUACAAAGCCAAGGUCUCACUUAAAGUUUGUUGUCAAAAGGUAAAGUAAGAUAAACUUAGGUAUUUUUUUACCUGGACCCUAUUUUCCCAUGUGUUUGUGUCUAAGUGACAAAUGGGAACAAACAUUUUUUAAAUUGGUCUAGUAUUGAGGAGAAACCAAACUUGACUGGCAGCAAUGUAACCACUUGGGGCAGUUGUGCAUCGUCAAUUUACGUCCAAUAAAAGUACUUGUUUUGGCUAGCGACAGGCUCAGAUUGUUAUUUUAAGUGUCUGACAACAUUAUGGAA